AUGUUAGCGGCAGAACAGGAAAACGCUCAGCUCAGAGAGGAACUGGUUAACCUCAAGGGGGAGAUGGAAAGAAUGGCACUUAUGAUGGAAACUAUGAUGGCUGAGAGAGAGCAAGCAGCAAUCUCCAAUUCAACUCCUGUUGUGGUCGUCACAGCUGCACCUGAGGGUCCCCCGCAACCAUCUCCGACUACUACUACAACUAUCGGCCUCACCCAGCCUCUGAUGACUGAUUUUUCUUCUGGUAAUAUGGCAACUAUGGGCAACUCAGGCUUCCGUCCUCUUGGCCCCCAGGGUCCCUUUGCUACUCCUCAGUAUUCCAUGCCUUCAGGCUACCCUUGGGGCAUGCCGAUUGCAACCAACGGGGGUUUUGGUCCAGGCGCUACUGAAACGCCUUUCGCACAGGGUCAACAGACUUCGGCACAUUUCCAGAUGAGUCAACCGAUUCCUCAAGCUACCAUGACUCAAGCAGGUCCUACUGUGCAUGUUGGGCCACAACAUGAAGAACAGAUUUAUCACUCCGACAAUAUAAUGGGGGAUGAUAAAGCAAUCGAUUGGGAAGAAAGGUUCGGUGCUCUAGAGAAGAAGAUGAGUAAUAUGCGGGGAAAGGAAACAGUCGUCCAAAGCAUAUAUGACCUUUGCUUGGUACCAGAUGUAAACAUACCUCCAAAGUUCAAGAUGCCUGUAUUUGAGAAGUAUCAAGGGGACACGUGUCCACAAAAUCAUCUAACUAUGUAUAUUAGCAAGAUGAUAGCUUACAAGAAUAAUGUUCCCUUACUCAUUCACUGCUUCCAGGAUAGUUUGACUGGUCCGGCACAUACUUGGUUCAUGGGGUUGAAAGGAGUCACUACUUUUGAACAGUUGGCUGAGGCCUUCAUGCAACAGUACAAAUAUAAUACCUAUCUGGCGCCAAGUCGCAAAGAGUUGCAGUCCUUAACCCAGAAAGAGAAAGAAUCGUUCAAGGAAUACGCACAACGCUUCAUUCAAAAAGCUGCUCAGAUUCGUCCUCCCUUGGAUGAGAGGGAACUUUCAGAAUUGUUCUAUGAAACCCUGAGCCCUUGUUAUUCAGAAAAGAUGAUUGUCUGUGCAUCACAGAAGUUCACUGAUUUGGUGGAAACAGGAAUGCGCAUCGAGGAGUGGGCUCGUAAGGGAGCAGCUGUUUCGGGAGGUUCUUCAGGUGGUUCUUCAGGGGUUUCGUCCAAUGGUAAUAAGAAAUUUGGGAAUGGUUACCCAAAGAGGAAUGCUCAAGAGGUUAGCAUGGUGGCUCAUGGAGGACCUCAGCCCGUGUACCCUAAUCACCCCUUUGUUGCCAACAUCACCCCACAAAUGACCGCACCCCAGAACCCAAACUAUCAAUCACCCAGACCUCAAGGACCUGCACCAUACUACCCCCCAUUAUACCAACCACUAUACAACCUACAACAACUCUCUCAACAACCCUACUAUCCUCAACAACCAUACCAACAAAGGCCAUAUAACCCCCCACAACAACAACCCCGUCCUCAAGCUCCCUACAACCAGCAAAAUCAAAAACAACAAUUUGACCCCUUGCCAAUGACCUAUGGAGCAUUGCUCCCUUCUUUACUUGCACAGAAUCUGGUCCAAACAAUACCACCUCCUCGCAUUCCGGACCCUCUCCCACGCUGGUACCGUCCGGACCUUCAUUGUAUUUACCAUCAAGGGGCAGCAGGCCACGAUGUGGAGCGUUGUUUUGCUCUUAAGAAAGAGGUUCAGAAACUGAUAAAUAGUAAAGAGUUAACCUUCACCGAUCCUGAUGCUGUAGCUCAGAACAAUCCUCUGCCUACUCAUGGGCCUGCUGUUAAUAUGAUUCAAGACGAUCAGGAAGAGGCUCGCAUUCUCUCUGUAGGUGAUAUCAAGACUCCUCUGGUACCGAUACAUGUGAAACUGUGUAAAGCAACUCUCUUCAACCACAAUCAUGGAGCUUGUGACAUAUGUUUGAUGGAUCCUCGUGGAUGUAUACAAGUCCAGAAUGAUAUGCAGGGUCUCCUAAAUAGAAGGGAACUUGUGGUUACAAGGGAACCCGAGAGCAAGGACGUCUGUGUUGUCACUCCGGUAUUCAGAGCCAGGAGGCCGCUGGUGAUAAACCCUAACAGUACAAAGCCCGUUGGUACUCCCUUGGUAAUCUGUGUGCCUAGGCCCACGCCUACUACUGCUCAGAAAGCUGUACCCUAUAAGUAUGAAGGCACGAUUCUUGAGCCCGGAAGUGAGACAACUUCACCUGUUGCUGUGGAUAAUAUCGCAGAGAAUAGCCGGAUUUUGAGGAGUGGCCGCAUCUUUCCUACGGUGGGUCCGAAGAGUGUUAGUGUUCCGGUCGAUGAGCCAGUAAAAGAGCGAAACGCCGGUAAAGGUAAAGCUGGGGAGCAGGCCAAAGAGUUUGACUUUGAGGAUGCCGAUGAAGUCUUGAAGCUGAUCAAGAAGAGUGAAUACAGGGUGGUGGACCAGCUGUUACAAACUCCUGCGAAGAUUUCCAUCAUGGCCCUGUUAUCAAGUUCUGGUGCUCAUCGGGAUGCCCUGAGGAAAGUACUAGACCAGGCAUUUGUGGAUUAUGAUGUAACUCUGGGUCAAUUCGAAAGCAUUGUGGGGAAUGUGACCGCGUGUAACAGUCUGACUUUCAGUGAUGAAGAUCUCCCGGCGGAGGGGAAUAAGCAUAAUCAAGCAUUACUCAUCUCUGUACUUUGCAGAACAGAUUCGUUAUCCAACGUCUUGAUAGAUACCGGCUCUGCACUUAAUGUGAUGCCCAAGUCAACUCUCGACCAAUUGGCGUACUCCGAGGCUCCUUUGAGACUUAGCAAGGUGACAGUGAGGGCCUUCGAUGGAACUAGGAGAUCGGUGUAUGGUGAGGUAGAUUUGCCAAUUUCGGUCGGCCCACAUGAAUUUCAGGUUACUUUCCAAGUCAUGGAAAUCCAGGCUUCUUUCAGCUGUUUGCUCGGCAGACCAUGGAUUCAUGACGCUGGGGCUGUGACAUCUACUCUCCAUCAGAAAUUGAAGUUUGUAAGUCGUGGAAAGUUGAUCACUGUGAGUGGCGAGUCGGCCUUUUUAAUCAGCAAUUUGUCUGCUUUCUCUGUUAUCGGUGGUAGUAGUUCGGACGGGCCAUCAUUCCAAGGGUUCUCUGCCGAAGAAAGUGUCGGUAAAAUUGAGACUUGUAUGGCCUCGUUGAAGGAUGCCCGAAGAGUAAUUCAGGAAGGCAAAACCGAAGGCUGGGGUCAGCUAGUGGAGUUGCCAGAAAACAAGCGUAAAGAGGGAAUUGGUUUCCUUAACAGUAAGCCUGGGAUGUUCGACCCUACCAGAGGUUCUUUCCACAGUGCUGGUUUCAUUCAUGAUUCGCCAGAGACCAAUGCAAUUUUAGAUGAUGCACCUGGAGGAGUGACACCGGUCUUUGUGACGCCUGGAGGAGCUUGCUGCAACUGGAUUGCUGUUGACAUUCCUUUUGUGACACCCCGCUCUAAACUGAACAUAAGUGAAUCCGUUGAACACAGUGACCCCAUGCUUUCUCCCAACUUUGAGGUCCCGGUUUACGAGGCUGUGGCAGAGGAGGAUGAGGAGAUCCCGAAUGAGAUCAAAUGGAUGUUGGAACAAGAAAGGAAGACAUUUCAACCUCAUCAGGAGGAGAUAGAAAUCAUCAAUCUGGGUACUGAGGAAGACAAGAAAGAAAUCAAGAUUGGGGCAUUGUUGGAUGUAUCUGUCAAGAAAAGAGUAAUUGAGCUUAUCAGAGAAUAUGUUGAUAUAUUCGCAUGGUCAUACAAAGACAUGCCGGGUCUAGACCCUGAUGUCGUUGAACACAGACUACCUUUGAAGCCUGAGUGUCCUCCGAUUGAUGCAGGUUUCCUAGUCACAUCAGAGUAUCCUCAAUGGUUGGCCAACAUAGUGCCUGUUCCAAAGAAAGAUGGCAAAGUCAGAAUGUGUGUUGAUUAUCGGGACUUGAACAAGGCUAGUCCGAAGGAUAAUUUUCCUUUGCCUCACAUUGAUGUAUUGGUUGAUAACACUGCUAAGUGCAAGGUUUUCUCCUUCAUGGACGGUUUCUCCGGCUACAAUAAGAUCAGGAUGGCUCCUGAGGAUAGAGAAAAGACGUCUUUCAUCACGCCCUGGGGUGCUUUCUGCUAUGUGGUGAUGCCAUUUGGUUUGAUAAAUGCUGGUGCCACUUACCAGAGGGGCUUUAUCGUCAGUCAAAAGGGUAUUGAAGUUGAUCCCGACAAGGUCAGAGCCAUCAGAGAAAUGCCUGUUCCAAAGACAGAGAAGCAAGUCAGAGGUUUUCUUGGUAGACUCAAUUAUAUCUCCAGAUUUAUCUCUCACAUGACCGCCACAUGUGGACCAAUUUUCAAGUUACUCCGCAAGGAUCAAGGGGUGAAGUGGAAUGAUGAUUGUCAGAAGGCUUUUGAUCAAAUCAAAGAAUAUCUGUUAGAACCUCCAAUUCUUGUUCCUCCAGUUGACGGAAGACCUUUGAUCAUGUAUUUAACAGUACUAGAAGAUUCCAUGGGCUGUGUUUUGGGUCAACAAGACGAAACCGGAAAGAAAGAGCACGCUAUCUACUAUUUGAGUAAGAAGUUCACUGAUUGUGAGUCCCGAUAUUCUGUACUUGAGAAAACUUGUUGUGCUUUAACUUGGGCUGCCAAGCGUCUCCGUCAUUAUAUGAUUAAUCAUACAACUUGGUUGAUAUCCAAGAUGGAUCCUAUCAAGUACAUAUUUGAGAAGCCAGCUUUAACUGGAAGGAUUGCUCGCUGGCAGAUGUUAUUGUCCGAGUAUGAUAUCGAGUAUCGCACUCAGAAAGCAGUCAAAGGUAGCAUCUUGGCAGAACAUUUGGCUCAUCAACCAAUCGAAGACUAUCAACCAAUCAAAUUCGACUUCCUAGAUGAAGAGGUUAUGUAUCUAAAAGCAAAAGAUUGUGACGAACCAGUGUUCGGUGAAGGUCCUGAUCCUGAAUCCGAAUGGGGUUGA